UUGUCGUACCCGACACUUUACUCUCAACAAAACCAGAAUUCCACGCUAAGUUGAAACGCAUCUAAUGCUGCAACGACCGAAGGAAUCGACGAUGUUCGCUGAAGAACAUUGAGAAUUUCCGCGUCUGCAAUAUGGCCAAUCAAUCCUCGUCUCAUCCCAUACUCUGCGCUUCCUUCAAUCAAGAUAAUAGCUGCUUUGUAAUUGGAACGAGAGAUGGCUUCAAAAUUUUUGACUGUGAGACGGGGAAGCUCCUUCAUGAACGAGUUAUUGGGGCAUUCAUUAUUAUUGAAAUGCUAUACAGAACGAGUCUUCUUGCCAUAGUUGGGGCUGGUGAACAGCCAUCUUUAUCACCAAGGAGGUUAUGUUUGUUCAAUACCAUUAAAGGAACUGCUCUGCGAGAACUCAACUUCUUGACUUCCAUCUGGCAACCAGGAAAAAGUUGGUUUGACUGUUAUCUAAUAGAUGCAAUUAGCAUUGAACAGAAAUAUGAUGCUGUCAUCACAGAAACCACCAGAUUGAUAGUUGUAUUGCAAGAGCAAACAUAUAUUUAUGAUGUUAACAGUCUGGAAAUAAAGCGCGUCAUUGAUACAGUGCCAAAUCUAAAAGGACUUUGCGCGUUUUCAGCAAGUACAGAUAAUCCCUACUUGGCUCUUCCAGCUAGUACAAUGGAAGGGUCUGUAUUGGUCUACAAUGUUAUAGAUCUGCAGUCCCACUGUGAGAUACAUGCCCAUCGCUCGCCAUUGGCUGCCAUGGCCUUUUCUUCAAAUGGGAUGUACAUAGCAACAGCAUCUGAACAGGGGACCAUAAUUAGAGUUCAUCUAAUUUCAGAAGCAACUAAGUCAUACAGUUUCCGUAGGGGCACAUAUCCGUCCACAAUCUUUUCUUUAUCAUUUGGGCCAUCAGCUGAUCUUCCAGAUAUUCUUCUUGCCACAAGCUCUUCAGGUUCUGUCCAUAUUUUUUCCCUGGGUUUUGAUCUGAAUGAGAGGACAAAAAAAUCAAAUAGUUUCCUUGGAUCAAUAAUGCCUGGUUCUGUUAGCGAUGCGUUGGAUCCCGCUCAACAUCUUGUAUUUCAUAAGGCUUUUGCAGCUGGAGUCAAAAGUAAUGCUGUAGUAAGGAAGACAGAGAAAGCCAGUGGUACAUCAAUGUCUGACCCUGUGGCUUUGAGAGCUACUGUAUCAGUGAUAACAUUCAGCGGAUACUUUCAAGUAUAUAGUUUCAUAAUAAACCACAAGCACGAAGCUACAUGGACUUUAGAACAUGAGGUUAAUCUCUUGACAGCAGUUGCAGAGCAAUGAGCAAGUCGCUAACCUAUAUAACCCUAAUGUAAAAAUACUACCAAGAUGAACGACUUUUCCCAGGCUGCAACUCUGAUUCUUUUAAUGAAAAUAUGGUAGGGUCAGGUUCAACCUAUUUGGCAUGUGCCCUUAUGAUUUCAUUGGAAAGUGUGG